CCAGCUUGGGCUGCGGGCGGGGCGGGGGCGCCGCUGGCGUCGGGGGCCGUGAGGGGCGCGGGCGUCGGGCCGGCUGCUGGGGCUCGGCGCCGGCCCCGCUGCCGCCCCGGGUCCUGGGGCUGAGAGGAGCGGCUGGCGCUCCGUUGGGUGCGAGCGCCGGUGGCGCCGCUGCUCCCCAGGGCAGGGGGCCGUGCGCUGCCGCCGACCCGCCAGGCUCUGUCAGGCGGCGCCUGCGUCCACCUGCCCGCCGGUCGCGCCGCUCCGCGGCUUCGCCCCCGUCGGCCCCUGCCGUGAGGCCGCUGAGGCCUCAGGAGGAAGGAACAAGAGUUCUGUUUUAUGGCUGCUCCAGGAAAGGUGGCAGCUUUCCGUCUGCCUCCCCUGCCAACUGUUGGAGACAUCAUUAAACUCUUCCGCCUUAAAGCACAGAAACAACUUUCCCAGAACUUUCUACUGGAUUUGCGAUUGACAGACAAGAUAGUGAGACAAGCUGGCGAGCUGAAAAAUGCCCAUGUUUGUGAAGUGGGCCCUGGGCCAGGAGGAAUUACCAGAUCCAUUCUCAGUGCUGGUGUUGAACAACUCCUUUUAAUUGAAAAAGAUGCUCGAUUUAUUCCAGGAUUGCAGAUGUUAUCUGAAGCAGCUCCAGGAAAAGUGCGUAUUGUUCAUGGCGAUAUCCUGACAUAUAAGAUGGAGAAGGUUUUUCCAAAGCACUUAAAAAAGAACUGGGAAGAUGAGCCACCAAAUAUACAUAUCAUUGGGAAUCUGCCUUUCAGUGUUUCCACUCCUCUAAUCAUCAAAUGGCUUGAAAAUGUUUCCAAAAAGGAUGGACCUUUUAUUUAUGGCAGGACACAGAUGACGUUGACUUUUCAGAAGGAAGUUGCAGAGAGGCUUACAGCUAAUCCAGGAGGUAAGCAACGUAGCAGACUGUCCAUCAUGUCUCAGCAUCUCUGCACUGUUGAAAACUGUUUCGUAAUUCCAGGUCAAGCCUUUGUACCAAAGCCAGAGGUGGAUGUGGCUGUGGUACAUUUCACGCCAUUGGUGCAACCAAAGAUACAGCAGCCGUUUGAGCUAGUAGAAAAAGUGGUUAAAAGUGUUUUUCAGUUUAGAAGAAAAUACUGCUUCCGCGGAAUUGGGACCUUGUUCCCUGAAAGUGGACGUUUGAAAAGAACAGAAGAGCUGAUGAUGACAGCAAAUGUCGAUCCAACUCUGCGUCCUUUUCAGCUCUCCAUGUCACAGUUCAGAAAUCUGUGCAAUACAUACAGGAAAAUGUGCGAUGAAGACCCAAGCCUUUUUGUGUACAAUUACAGAGAAGAACUAAGGCAAAAGAAGAUGAGGCCUUUACUUAAAAGUACCAGUCAGCUCGAACAGACUGAAGAGGAAAAUCAGCUGUAAUUGCAGUAGACUAAUUUUUUUUUUAUUAUUAGUUUUAACUCCUUGAUCUAGAGGUAUUGAUUCAGUAAAAGGAGACAUAUAUUCCUGCAUCUUUGCAGGUAUGGAAGAACUACUUUCUCAAAAGUGGUGGAGAGAGAGGGCUUUCCCAUUUUAUUUAUUCAUUCCAUUCAGCUGCAGACAAAAGUGAAAAGACAGUCACCAUUACAAGGUGCCUACAGGUUCUUUUUAAUUCAGGGGAAUGGCUAGAACAUAUACCAAAAACAAGAUAUGUUUUGAGACAUGUAAUUAAGUUGGGAUAGUUCUGAAAUAAGAGUUUUGUAUGAAAAAAGUAAAUUAUUGAAACAUAAGAAAAAAUACUUUUCAUACUUCAGCAUGUGGGUUUUUGUGCUCUUUUUAUCCUGGAACAUCCUACUGCGCAGAGUAAUUUAAAAAACAAAAGCCAAAACUCCUGUAUAAAUAUACUCAAGUGACUGGCUUAAAGGAGGAUAAAGUGCACAGAUUGCCUCAAGGUCUGCUAAUAUUCUUCUCAUUUAUGAAAAAGCAAAGAAUUUGGGAUUUAAAGCUCCAACUAGAGAAAAGCAGCAUGAUAAAAAGUAGAAACAUGGUUAAGUACAAUACUUAUUUGUCCUUUACUGUACAGGCUGGUAGAGAAAAUAAAAAAUAGUCAAAUAAAAGAUUACAGGCCAAGCUUUGUUUUUGUAUAUUUACACAUAUGUAUAAAGUAUAAACAGCAUCUUGAAACUUACAAAAAUGAAAUUUCUGCACUAUUGUGCACUAAAACACAUUAAAAUAAUUCUGCUUUAAAUAAAGCAAAAAUGAAAACCAAAGAAAUAAAAUGCCCAAGGUAUUGAAAAAUUCA